CUGUUCCCUCGGGCUGGCCCGGUCCGGAGUACGCAGAGCUCAGAGCUGGGAUCUGCCGUCCCUAACCCGCUCACUACACAGCCGCCCAAGGCUUUGCGCUUCACCUUUACUCACCCCGAAGCCCUGGACAUCCGCAUCUGUCCUAAAGCGUCUCACCUCAGUAGCAGAAGGAAGUAGCGUCAGCUGGCCACAGCCUCUCCUAGGAGGCUGUCUGGGAAAAGCGAGUCAAGAGACCCUGAGGCCCCUCAGCUCCGACUACUUUCAGAUCUGUCGUUCCUUCACCCUCAGCUUUUCAAACAGACCGCUCCAAAAAAAUGCCCAAUCACAGCAUUUCUUCUACCCUGGGCCUCCCGGUAGUGUCCAAUCAACACACGCCAUCUAUCUGGUUGUGUUACGAGGGCAGCUUCCCCCCUGGUUUCCCCCAGGAUUUUCAGGCCCCAAAUCCGCUUUUAUCUCUUGGGUGGAAGGAGAAAUGGAAGCGUGGAGCCCGGAGGUCCAGGAUCCCGAGGGUGAGAGCCCUGGAACUGUCAGCGGAGGCCAGGGACAGAAAGCAGGAUCCAGGGAUGGGAAUGAGGAGAAGGAAAGGGUGAAGAACUGUCCAAAACAAAAAGUGGUGGCACAUGAAGUGGCUCUCAAGGAGUGGUUGCCCAGCGCCAUCUGCCCAGAGCUCUGCAGCAGCAAGCCCUGGCUCGAGGACACUGUGACCCGAAGACCGCCCUACUCUUGCCUACACUGUGGCCGCAACUUUAGCUACCCUUCCCUCCUGGCCAGCCACCAGCGGGUCCACUCCGGGGAGCGGCCCUUCCCCUGCACCCAGUGCUCAGCACGUUUCUCCCAGCGCAAGUACCUGCUCCAGCAUCAGUUCAUCCACACCGGCGAGAAGCCCUACCCCUGUCCCGACUGCGGACGCCGCUUCCGCCAGAGGGGUUCCCUCGCUAUCCACAGGCGGGCUCACACUGGGGAGAAGCCCUACGCGUGCCCAGACUGCAAGAGUCGCUUCACUUACCCCUACCUGCUGGCCAUCCACCAGCGCAAGCACACCGGCGAGAAGCCCUAUAGCUGCCCCGACUGCAGCCUCCGUUUUGCCUACACCUCGCUGCUGGCCAUCCACAGGCGCGCACACACGGGCGAGAAGCCCUACCCCUGUCCAGACUGCGGCCGCCGCUUCACCUACUCUUCUCUCCUCCUCAGUCACCAGCGCAUUCACUCCGACAGCCGGCCCUUCCCCUGCGCAGAGUGUGGGAAAGCCUUCAAGCGCAAGUCCGCCCUGGAAGCCCAUCAGUGGAUCCACCGCUCCUGCAGCGAGAGGUGCGGGUGGCAGCAGGCCGCGGUGGGGCUUUCAGAGCCCGUCCAUGUUUUGGGAGGCCAGGAUCCCCCAGUUCACUUCCGGCACUUUCCAGAUAUAUUUCAGGAGUGUGGGUGAUGGCGUUCACACAAACUGGUCAGUGUUUUCUCUGGAGAGGAAGAGGCCAGGUUUAUGCAUUGAGGGAUAAAGAAAGGAAGUGGGCGUUUAAGGAAAACAAAGUUCUGCCUUAGGGAAAAAGCAGAGGUGAGGGCACAGAGGGCUGUGGGGAGGAGGAGGCAGGAAUCUGAAAAGGUGCCUGGGGGCUGACCCAUUUCCUGAACCUCCUGCACACAGCCCCCUUGUUCCCCAUCCCACUUGGGAUUCCUUCACUGAAAACCAUUCACUUAACUGGCUUUUUCUUCUGGAUUGUUCGCUCUCUUGGAACAGUCUACUUUUUGGCCUGUAUUUCUCCUAUUUCUCUGAGAUGGAGCCCCCUACAUUCCAGUGUCUAUUAAAGGACCCACUCUGGAUCCCCUACAAUAGAGAGGAUACCUCGGGCCUGUCCCUCGUGAGGGGAAGCUCAUCCCACGAUUCUGUCUUUUACCAAUGCAGGUGAAACAUGUGGCAAGUAGACACCUGGAGUGCAGGUGUUCCUUGGUUGAAGACCUAGAGGUGGCCAUAGAGAGGACAGCGGCCUCAGGUGGGGAACUCUCCGCCCCACUCUCAUUCUGCACACAGUGCACAAACCAUCAAACCUAAUGAACUCUGGAACUGGGCCAGUCCUUCACUGUAUGAAUUAGUGAUUGCAGCGUUUUUUUCUUCCUCAGAUAUUUGCAUGUUCGCUGGAUUUUGUAUUUUUUGAUAAAGAUAUAUUCCACAGUAGCUGGAAAUAUAAUGCUGGAGGAUUCUUAUUUUCUAUUUUUAUUUUUUUGAGAUGGAGUUUUGCUCUUGUUGCCCAGGCUGGAGUGCAAUGGCGUGAUCUCAGCUCACCACAACCUCCUCCUCCUGGGUUCAAGCGAUUCUCCUGCCUCAGCCUCUGGAGUAGCUGGGAUUACAGGUGCUCGACACCAAGCCCGGCUAAUUGUUUGUGUUUUUAGUAGAGACGGGGUUUCACUGUGUUGGCCAGGCUGGUCUCAAACUCCUGACCUCAGGUGAUCCAGCCGCUUCAGCCUCCCAAAGUGCUGGGAUUACAUUUUUUUUUCUUUUUAACCUUCUCUGCACUAGCAUACUCUUUUUUUUUUUUAAAGAAAGAAUCAAUGACUUUUGAUUAGAGUUGAAAUCAAGGCAUAGUCUUUCCAGUCUAAUUUUGACUGUAAUGCUUGCAUAUGUCAAGUUAAGAAGGCCGGGCACAGUGGCUCACGCACUGUAUUCCUAGCACUUUGGGAGGCUGAGGUGGGUGGAUCGAUUGAGGUCAGGAGUUCAAGGCCAGUCUGGCCAAUAUAGAGAAACCCUAUCUCUAGUUUAAAAAAAAAAAAAAAGAAAGAAAUUAACCAGGCGUGGUGGCGCAUGCCUGUAAUCCCAGCUUCUCGGGAGGCUGAAGCAAAAGAAUGGCUUGAUCCCAGGACGUGGAGGUUGCAGUGAGCUGAGAUAGCACCACUGCACUCCAGCCUGGGCAACAGAGCAAGACUCUGUCUCAAAAAAAUCCAACCAACCAAACAAAAACAACAGUUCAGAGAGGUCUUUCUGGCCCAUUUAAAUCUGCUAGCCCUACUUUUGAACAGAAAGCUUUUGAAGGAAUGAACAAAAGAGGUAGGUAGGCCUAAGCAUAUUUGCAUUCCAGGACUGGUGCUCAGUGACUCAAAUAUAUCUUUGAAAAGAUUGUUCUUUGAAUCCUUGGGUUCUCACCCAGGCUGGAGUGCAGUGGUCCGAUCUCAGCUCACUACAACCUCUGCCUCCCAGUUUCAAGCGAUUGUCCCACCUUAGCCUCCUGAAUUACAGGCACCCACCACCACGCUUGGGUAAUUUUUGUAUUUUCAGUAGAGACGGAGUUUUGCCAUGUUGGCCAAGCUGGUCUCAAAUUUCUGACUUCAAGUGAUCAGCCUGCUUCGGCCUCCCAAAGUUCUGGAAUUACAGGGGUAAGCUUCAGUGCUCUGCCUUUUUUUUUUCUUUUUUAGAUGGAGUCUCACUCUGUUGCCCAGGCUGGAAUGCAGCAGCGUGAUCUUGGCUCACAGCAACCUCUGCCUCCCAGGUUCAAGGGAUUCUCCUGCCUCAGCCUCUGAGUAGCUGGGAUUAUAGGCACGUACCACCAUGCCCAGCUAUUUUUUGUAUUUUUAGUAGCAUGGGGUUUCACCAUGUUGGUCAGGCUGGUCUCGAACUCCUGACCUCAUGAUCCACCCACCUUGGCCUCCCAAAGUGCUGGGAUUAUAGGCAUGAGCCACCGCUCCUAGCCCAAGAUAAUUAUUAAUGGGAACUGGGGCCACAUGUGGUGGCUCACGCCUGUAAUUCAGCAUUUUGGGAGGCAGAGGUGAGUGAAUCACUUGAGGCCAGGAGUUCGAGACCAACCAGGCAAUACGGUGAAACCCCAUCUCUACCAAAAAUACCAAAAUAUUAGCCGACCCUGGUGGCGCAUGCCUGUAGUACCAGCUACUCAGGAGGCUGAGGCAGGAGGAUUGCUUGAACCUGGGAGACAGAGGUUGCAGUGAGCCAAGAUCGUACCACUGCACUCUAGCCUGGGCUACAAAGCAUGACUCCAUCUCAAAACAAAACAAAAACAAAAACUGGGAACUGGGUGUUAUCUUUACCACAUAGCCUCUCCUGAACUGGCAGACCUGGAUUCCAGGCUUAGCUCAGUCCAGACUAGCUGUGUGACCUUUAGCAUCACCUAGAUUCUACAAAUAACAUUUUUCUCUAUUGGCUUUACAUGUGUCAUUCUGCCUAUCCAUCCCUCCAUCCAUUCGUUUAUCAUUUUAUUAAUGUAUUUCAAAGCUGCAGACAUCAUUAGAUUUCACUUCUGAACACUUCACCAUGCAGCUGAGUUUGUGCAAGAAACUUCAGCUCUCGGCUGGGUGCAGUGGCUCACGCCUGUAAUCCCAGCACUUUGGGAGGCUAAGGCAGGAGGACUGCAUGAGCUCAGGCAUUUGAGACCAGCCUGGAAAACACAGCAAGAACUCGUUUCUAACAAAAAUUUUAAAAAAUUAGUUGAGCAUGGUGAGGGAGGCUGAAGCAGGAGGAUAGCUGCAGCCCUAGAGUCUGAAGUUGCAGUGAGCUCUGAUGGCACAACUUUAGUCUGAGUAACAGACCAAGACACUAUUUCAAGAAGAAAAAAAAAAAGCCAGGUGCGGUGGCUAACCCCUGUAAUCUCAGCAUUUGGGGAUGCCAAGGUGGGUGAAUCACCUGAGGUCAGGAGUUCUAGACAAGCCUGACCAACAUGGUGAAACCCCAUCUCUACUAAAAAAAAAAGAAAAAAAGAAAAAAAGUAGCCGGGCAUGGUGGCACAUGCCUGUAAUCCCAGCUACUCAGGAGGUUGAGGCAGGAGAAUCAUUUGACCUCGGGAGGCAGAGGUUGCAGUGAGCCAAGAUUGUACCAUUACACUCCAGCCUGGGCAACAAGACCUCCUCUCAAAGGAAAAAAAAGGCAAGAAAGAAACUUCAGCUCCCACUUAAAGUUCAGUUGUACUCUGUUAUUGACAAGUAAAGUCUAUUGAAGCCCAA